UUGAGUUGGGGAAACGUAUGGAGAUGAGUAAAGCAGUAGAGCAAGUUGUGAGCAAUAACAGUGUAAAUAGUCGUAAUAAUAAUGGAGAUGGUGUUCAUGCUGGUGGUGUUGCUGAAGAGGGUUCUUUUCAGCAAAGUCAUGCUGGCAGUGAUAGUGUUUAUCAAAGAGGGAAUAGGGGAACAGGCAAUAUGCCAGAGAUGAAAAGUAGAGUUUCAGCCAGUCCAUUUAGAAAUGGAGGACCUGGUCUAGUGGGUGGAACAGGAAUGAUGGGAAAAGUUGGAAAUACUUUUGGGCAUCCUCUGAUGUAUCCUCAAUCAUUCGCAUUUGAUCUGAGGAUUGGUGCAUCUAUAGGGUGGAUGUGCAAUUAUAGGGGUUCUCUUGGUGCUUUAACACCUCCUUUUUCUGGGGUUUUAUCCAGAUGUACUGUCAUUGAUGAAGAGGAAGCACGCUCCACUAAGAGUUUUGAAUCUUCAAAUUUCUGUAAAGGAGAAUCCAGCUUGAGAUCACAUCCCUAUACUAGUUUGGAUUUGGGUGCUUUUCCUCAAGAUUUUGUCAAAUCACAUCUCUUUAAUCCCUUGGGUUUGGAUCAAUUCCCACAAGAUAAACUGUCAGAUUGACUUUUAUUAAUAUUUCUGAUUCGGAUGAAGACAAUAAUGAAGAUCUUGUCAAAUCACCCUUUACUCCUUCAAAUUUGGAUGAAUUUUCUCAAGAUUCUAUCCGAUCACCUAAUAUUAUUAUUUUUUAUUGUGAUGAAGAUAAUGAUGGGUAGAACAUAGCCUAAGUGAUUGCCUUAAUGAUGACGAUGAUGAGCUUGAAUACAUGUGAAAGCCUUUUAAAUUGAGUUCAACCAAAUUUUUGUUCUGAUUUAUUGCACAUUUGAUGCAGUCAAGGCUUUUGCAGGGUUCCCUUAUCUAAUGUUCUUGCCUAUCGAGUUUGCACAGAAAAUGAAUGUGUUAAGAAUGGAAAUCACAAUGGUGACCUACAUCAGCAUUGAUAUGGGAGCACAGACAAGUGAAAUAAUUUACCUUUACUUUGAGUUUUCUGUAGAAGUACAACUUAUUAGCCUCCUUCUAAGAGACAUUUCCAUCUAUGAUACGUGGAGUAUAGCAGUACUAGUAUAGAUCAAGAGAUACUGAGUGGGGCUUUUGGAAACACCCUUCAAUGGCUAAAGUUGGGGAGUUAAAGGCUACAAACUUUUGUUUUGACCCAGUAUCUCGUAUUUUUAAAUAAAUGUAGCAGCUGACUUCCUUAAAUCAAAUGUUUUGCCCUGAUGUCGUAUCAGCUGGGCUGGACCUAUGAGACCCUGAGCUUCUGGGAGAUUUACCUGCCAUUAAAGAUUCAAAAUUUUUGUAUCUUGACAAUCAUCUAUCUGAAGGGAUUACUAAAGGUGGCAAGCAAUGGAAAAAUCAGUUUGUUA